AUGCUUGAUAACAUGUGCCGAAAACUGAGCGUUGUAUAUUGGGAAUUGAACACAUCGGUUUUCGAUCCUGUUUUCAAGAAGCGGGUAUAUGAAAGUCCGAAAAUGUCAAGUCUCAGCUCACGAAGUUCUCGCCGGGGGAAUGCAACAAACAAUGAACAGUUGUCAGGUGACCUGUUAAGUGCUGGGACUACGUUUGAACGAACUGGGGAAUCAAGUCGUACACGUGGGAGAACACGGCGUAAUCGGUCAGGACACACCGAGCCUACAAGCAAUGCAGAACCCACAUCCGGUCUUCGUACAUCCGAAGUGGAGCCGGGUAGUCCUUUAUCAUACAGCGAUAUGUCUAGUGUGGCGACUGGGGUCGAAGAUGUUUUGAGUUCAGUUCGACCUGGUGUCAAUGAUGAAUUGGCUGUUCGUGCUGUUUUGUCUCAAUCUGGACCUCUUGUUCCCGCAACAGGUGUCCCUGGUACUACUGAUGGGUCGACUGCUAGUGGACCUCAGGCAAGAAAUACUUUUACUGUAAUAUGGGGUACCGAUGUAAACAUUGCUCAAGUGAUGUCAAGAUUUAAACACUUCCUAUUGACCUACAUCCCUCCAGACUUAACCGGUCAACCGAAUCUGACAACGGGUCAACCCAUAAAUCCACAAAGACCUCUUUAUAUCCAACGAAUGGAAGAUCUUGCAAUAUCAGGUUCGACUGCCUUAGACAUUGACUGUGAACAUCUUCGUUCUGCCAGGUCAGAUUUGUAUACGCAGUUGGUAACAUUUCCGAAGGAAGUUAUUCCAGCAUGUGAUGCUGCUACACACGCCUUAUUUUUAGACCGUUUCCGGGAAGUCCAGUUGGAAAGAUCAAUACAGAUUCGUCCAUUCAAUUGUGCAAGGUCUCGAGAUCUACGCAGUCUUGAUCCAGAUGAUCUUGAUCAACUUGUAACUGUUUCUGGUCUUGUAAUACGUUUAUCCCCGCUCAUCCCUGAAAUGAUGCGUGCAGAGUUCAAAUGUGCCAUCUGUGGUGCAAUGACAUCUGUUCCAUGUGAACGUGGUCGUAUUGCAGAACCAGAAGCGUGCAUACGUUGUCAUUCGGCUCAUACAGCUCAACUACAACAUAAUCGAUGUUUAUUUGAAUCUCCAGAAAAUAUGCCUGCUAGCCAGACUCCUCAUACAGUACUUAUGUAUGCUCACGAAGAACUUGUUGAUAAAAUUCAACCGGGUGAUCGUGUUAUCGUUACGGGUAUUUAUCGUGCAAUACCACUACGAAUGUCUAACCGACAACGUACUCUUAAAGCGGUUUACAAAACAUAUAUAGAUGUUCUUCAUUUUCUCCGAGAAAGCGAUGACCGAGUUCAAAAUGAUGGGCUCGCUACUGACGAAAAUACUUCUAUUGAGGAAGCACAUAUUUUACGUCAAUUCACGGAGGAACGUAUUGAAGAAUUUCAUACAUUGGCUCGUAAACCUGAUUUAUAUGAACGACUUGCUGCUGGUAUCGCACCAACAAUUUAUGAAAACGAAGAUAUUAAAAAGGGUAUUCUCCUACAAUUAUUUGGUGGUACACGUAAAGACUUCAGUGCUAAAGGACGUGGUGAUUUUCGUUCUGAAAUCAAUAUACUUUUAUGUGGUGACCCAGGUACUUCAAAAUCUCAACUUCUGCAGUAUGUAUACCGUCUUACUCCUCGUGGUCAAUAUACUUCUGGCAAGGGAAGUUCUGCUGUUGGUUUAACGGCCUACAUUACAAAAGAUGCAGAAACGCGUCAAUUAACACUGCAAACUGGAGCAUUAGUGUUGGCUGAUAAUGGGAUAUGUUGUAUCGACGAAUUCGACAAAAUGUCCGAUUCAACUCGUUCUGUACUACACGAAGUAAUGGAACAACAAACUUUAAGUAUUGCUAAAGCUGGUAUUCUUUGUCAACUUCAUGCUAGGACUUCAAUUUUAGCAGCUGCUAAUCCAAUCGGUUCUAAAUGGGAUCCUAGCAAAACGAUUAUUGACAAUAUACAGUUACCUCAUACUCUUCUAUCAAGAUUCGAUCUCAUUUUUCUUAUAUUGGAUCCACAAGAUGAAGUUUAUGAUACAAGAUUAGCCAGACAUUUGGUUGGGUUGUAUUAUCGUGGUACUACUCCAAGUCAGAUUGAUAGCAGUCAGGAUAUUCCAACCAACAGUAAUAAUAAUACUCGAGGUACACGUAGACCGCGUCCAGGAGCUGUUCUACUGGACAUGGAUAGUCAAACUGAUGAUGAUCCAUCAUUUGUAAACGGGAAACUCUUGAAGGAUUAUAUAGCCUAUGCUAAGAUGAAGUACUUUCCCAAACUAACGGAAGAAGCCGGUGAAUAUUUAGUUCGUGAGUAUGUAGAAAUGCGAAAACUGGGUUCAGGUCGUGGACAGAUAUCCGCAUAUCCUCGUCAACUUGAAUCACUUGUACGUUUAGCUGAAGCUCAUGCUCGUUUACGAUUAUCAAAUCAUGUUACGGCUGAUGAUUGUCGUGAAGCUCGACGUUUACAACGUGAAGCGUUAAAACAAGCAGCUAUUGAUCCGCUCACUGGUACUAUCGAUAUCAAUAUUUUAACAACAGGUAUCAGUAGUAGUGUACGUAAACGACGUGAAGAAAUGGCAAUGGCAAUAUGGUCACUUCUUGAAGAACGUCCUCGUGUAUUAACUUUUGUUUAUUCACGUGUACUAGAAGAUUUACGUGCACGUUCUGAACGUAUGAUUACACGUGAAAAUUUUGAAGAUGGAUUAAAUUUCUUAAAAAAUACAAAUAAAAUUGAUUGGGCCGGAAAUACUAUACGUAAACGUUAGAAAAACAACAACUUUUAAUUAUCUUUUUUUUGUAUGCAAUUGUUUUCUAUUCGAAAAAACUACAACAACAAAAAGAACAAAAACUUUUACAGUGCAGAUUUUCGUAUUUUUUGUAUUUUUGUUUGUUUGUUUAAAUAAAGUGUUUAUUACCUUAGAUAAUUAUUUGGUCUUCUGACUGAAUAUCAGCCACAUUCUAAGUGUAAGAGAUCUAAUCAUACUACUACCUAAUUGCACAAAUCGAAGUACAUAUAGAACAGUUCAUAUCUGAAACAUUUGAGGCAGUUCAAUGUUUUAACCCCCUUAACCACUAGGUCAUA